AUGGCUCUCUGGACGCGCCUGCUGCCCCUGCUGGCUCUGCUCAUCGUCUGGGGACCGGACCCUGCCCAGGCCUUCGUCAACCAGCACCUGUGCGGCUCUCACCUGGUGGAGGCGCUGUACCUGGUGUGCGGCGAGCGUGGCUUCUUCUACAUACCCAAGGCCCGCCGGGAUGUGGACGAGCUGCAGGGUGAGCCUGGGCGCCUCUUCACACACCAGGGCCGUCUGGCCCUACAGAAGCGGGGCAUCGUGGAACAGUGCUGCUCCAGUAUCUGCUCGCUCUACCAGUUAGAGAACUACUGCAACUAG